GUGAAGAUAACCUGAGAUCCCUCUCAUUUAUAAUUAUAUUGAACUUUUCUCCAUUAUAACAGAUACAUCCAAGAAAGGAGGCAAGAAGAAGGGUGGUUCCAUGCAGACUGUGUCCUCCCAGUUCAGGGAGAACUUACAUAAGCUGAUGACCAACUUGAGGAGCACUCAUCCUCACUUUGUCCGCUGCCUGAUCCCCAACGAGUCAAAGACUCCAGGUCUGAUGGAGAACUUCCUGGUUAUCCACCAGCUCAGUUGUAAUGGUGUUCUGGAGGGGAUCAGGAUCUGCAGGAAGGGCUUCCCCAGUAGAAUCAUCUAUGCUGACUUCAAGCAGAGAGAUUCUGUCUUCACCAUCCAGUACAACAUCCGUUCAUUCAUGAAUGUGAAAACCUGGCCAUGGAUGAAGUUGUACUUCAAGAUCAAGCCCCUGCUGCAGAGCGCUGAGACUGAGAAGGAGCUGGCCAACAUGAAGGAGAACUAUGAGAAGAUGACGUCGGACUUGGCCAAGGCUCUGGCCAAGAAGAAGGAGUUGGAGGAGAAGAUGGUGUCCAUGGUGCAGGAGAAGAAUGACCUGGCGCUUCAAGUCGCAUCUGAUUCAGAGAAUCUGAACGAUGCUGAGGAAAGGUGUGAGGGGCUCAUCAAGAGCAAGAUCCAGCUGGAGGCCAAACUCAAAGAGACGACUGAGAGGCUGGAGGAUGAGGAGGAGAUGAAUGCUGAGUUGACUGCCAAGAAGAGGAAGCUGGAGGACGAAUGCUCUGAGCUGAAGAAGGACAUUGAUGACCUGGAGCUCACCUUGGCCAAAGUGGAGAAGGAGAAGCACGCCACUGAAAACAAGGUUAAAAACCUGACAGAGGAGAUGGCGUUUAUGGAUGAGAGUGUUGCCAAGCUGACCAAGGAGAAGAAAGCCCUCCAAGAGGCCCACCAGCAGACACUGGAUGACCUGCAGGCAGAGGAGGACAAAGUCAACACUCUGACCAAGGCCAAGACCAAGCUGGAACAGCAAGUGGACGACCUUGAGGGUUCUCUGGAGCAAGAGAAGAAGCUCCGUAUGGACCUUGAGAGAGCCAAGAGAAAGCUGGAGGGAGAUCUGAAACUGGCCCAGGAGUCCAUAAUGGACCUGGAGAAUGACAAGCAGCAGUCUGAUGAGAAAAUCAAGAAGAAGGAGUUUGAGACCACCCAGCUCCUCAGCAAGAGGAUGAGCAGUCUCUGGGAGCUCAGCUGCAGAAGAAGAUCAAGGAACUGCAGUGUAGCUGAGAGUCCGACAGUGUGGCUGAGCCGACAGUGUGGCUGCGGGGAGCAGAUCGACAACCUGCAGUGCGUCAAGCAGAAGCUGGAGAAGGAGAAGAGUGAGUACAAGAUGGAGAUUGAUGACCUCUCCAGCAACAUGGAGGCUGUCGCCAAGGCUAAUGGCAAUCUGGAGAAGAUGUGCCGUACUCUUGAGGACCAGCUGAGCAAGCUCAAGACUAAGAAUGAUGAGAAUGCUCGCCAGGUCAACGACAUCAGCGGACAGAGGGCCAGACUCCUUACAGAAAAUGGUGAGUUUGGCCGCCAGCUGGAGGAGAAGGAAGCCCUGGUGUCUCAGCUGACCAGAGUCAAACAGGCCUUCACCCAACAGGUGGAGGAGCUGAAGAGACUGAUUGAGGAGGAGGUCAAGGCUAAAAACGCACUGGCCCAUGGUGUCCAGUCUGCCCGCCAUGACUGUGAUCUCCUGAGAGAGCAGUUUGAGGAGGAACAGGAGGCCAAGGCAGAGCUGCAGCGCGGCAUGUCCAAGGCCAACAGUGAGGUGGCUCAGUGGAGGACUAAGUAUGAAACUGAUGCCAUCCAACGCACAGAGGAGCUGGAGGAGGCCAAGAAGAAGCUGGCCCAGCGUCUGCAGGAGGCUGAGGAGACCAUUGAGGCGACCAACUCAAAGUGUGCCUCCCUGGAGAAGACCAAGCAGAGACUGCAGGGAGAGGUGGAGGACCUCAUGAUUGACGUUGAGAGAGCCAAUGCCAUGGCCGCCAACCAAUAUUUGAAACUGGUAUCAUUUCCUAUUUAUGCUAUUUUUAUUCCCCCAGUGUUGAUCUUUUGUUUUGGACAGGCAGACCACUUGUAUAAGUGAAGAAUUUAGAGAGAGGUUCUGUGCUUUUAUAUUUAAUCAUCUCAACCCACCCAAUUCAUAUUCAUUAUAUAGACAGGCACGCUUUAUUUUGUCUGGAUUAGCAUCCCAGAUAAAUCAAAAUAUUUUUUUACUCAAACGAAUCAUCAGGAGUAGGCAGCUCCAUAAGUAAGUGAGUAAGCUGAGAUAUGACUAAGUGUCACACCCUGGGUGGGCAGCAGAUGAAGAGGAGCAGUAGACAUGGUACCAUGGUGUUGGACAGAUACAGUGUGUGUGUGUGUGUGUGUGUGUGUGUGUGUGUGUGUGUGUGUGUGUGUGUGUGUGUGUGUGUGUGUGUGUGUGUGUGUGUGUGUGUGUGUGUGUGUGUGUGUGUGUGUGUGUGUGUGUGUGUGUGUGUGUGUGUGUGUGUGUGUGUGUGUGUGUGUCACGCCCUGACCUUAGUUAUCUCUGUUUUCUUUAUGAUUUGGUUAGGUCAGGGUGUGACUAGGGUGGUUUGUGUAGUUUUGUAUUGUCUAGUGGUUUUUGUUUAUACAAUGGGCUUUAACUAGUCUAGGUGUUUAUAUGUCUAUGGUUGCCUAGAUUGGUUCUCAAUCAGAGGAAGCUGUUUAUCGUUGUCUCUGAUUGGGGACCAUAUUUAGGUAGCCAUAUUCAAUGGAUAGUUUGUGGAUUGUUAUUCUAUGUUUAGUUGCCUGUUUGCACUAGUCAUAUGGCUUCACGGUUCAUUUUGUUGUUUUGUUCAGUGUUCGUUCUUUUCAUUGAAAGAGUUAUGUACGCUGCGCCUUCAUUAUGACGACCGUGACACUAAGGGGUUAAUCUGGGAUAUUGCGGAUAUAGACAGGUAUUGACCUCUCCAUGGUAGCAGGAUCUUGUCUAUUUUUUACAAGUUUUCUAUUGAAAUUUUAGAGAUAUUACCGUGUUUAUAAUGUCAAUUACCGUGUUUAUAAUGUGAAUUACCAUGUUUAUAAUGUCAAUUACCGUGUUUAUAAUGUCAAUUACCGUGUUUAUAAUGACUGUUACCGUGUUUAUAAUGACUGUUACCAUGUUUAUAAUGGCUGGUACCGUGUUUAUAAUGUGAAUUACCGUGGUUAUAAUGUGAAUUACCAUACUUAUAAUGUGAAUUACCAUGGUUAUAAUGUGAAUUAUCGUAAUUUCACCACUAGAGGGUACGAGGGAACACUAAUGUAUAUAUCUGCAUUUCUUUUCGGGGGGGGGGGGGGUGCAAAUUGGCAAAUGAUAAAUCAAUAUCAUGUUUUCUUUACUUUUUUCAUGUAUAUAUGUGUAUAAUCUCGGAUAACCCAGGACUAAAAUCUUGUGUAAUUUGGUCAGAUAAUCGAAUACCAUUUGUUUUCACGUCAUCUGGCCACAUUAGAUUAUUGUGCACAUUAUCUGUAUCCUGAGAACUUUGUUCUGAGAAUUUCCCAAAUCACCAAAGUGUUCUCUCUCAAUUGCCAUGUUUAUGUUACCAUCUUGCUUCUCCUAUUUGUUUCUUAUGGAAACAUUUCAAUUUUGGCGUGUUCAUAUAGGCCACUUCCCCUGAGUGUAAAGGGUUAAAACUAUCAUGGAUGAUUAUAAUAGCUUAGUGUAUGAAUUGUGUAGUUAAAUUUCUCCAUCCUCAUCCCUCAGCUGGUUACCAAAACAAGUGACCUCUGUGUUGGGGUGUCUGCUUUGAUGUGGUUUAAAUCGCAGAUUGCUCCUUUAG